AUGAAUUUCUUUAAUGAAGAAGAAGAAUUAAAUGAAAAAUCUGAAUGUUUAUUUAAAAAUAAAAUCUGUCUUAUAAUUUUAUUUAUUUGUAUUGGUAUUUUCAUGAUAUUAUUACUUUUUGAUAAAUCAUAUCGAUUUAAUUUUUCAAUUUCAUCAAAACAAAUUUUAUUUAAUAAUCAAACAAAUAUUAAAAAUGAUAUUCAUGCAUGGAGAGAACGUCUUUGUAUAUUUUCAAAAAUUUGUUAUAAUAUUGAUGCAAAUUAUUUUUAUUAUUUUCGAUCAAAUGAAAAACCUAUCUAUUAUGAUUCAUCAAAAGAUAUGAUAUAUGGAUUUGGUAAACCUAAUGGAAUUUUUAAUUUAUUAUCUUUAUCAACUGGUGGAAGUAUACCAUGGGCGCCAUUAACUGUAAGUGGAUCAAUGGAAGGAGCUUUUUUAAAUCAUAUAUCUCAUGUUAAAAAACAUUAUUAUCAAAUAUAUAAACCAAAAGAUUAUAAAUUUGAUUAUCCAGCAUCUACAAAUACAAGAGAAGAUUCAUCGAUUGUUAUAAAUAUGACAUGUUUAAAAUUAUUAAUUGAUAAUGCUUUACAAGAUAUUGAACCUUCACAUUAUUUUCUUUUUUGA